CAUCCUCUCUCUCUCACUCUCUCUCUCUCUCUCUCUUGCUUUUAAGUUUACCAGCAGCAGCAGCACCUGCACUUCCUCUCCUUUUCAAUUCUUAUUAAGCAUACCUUUCUAGCAUUCUUUCCUUAUUUUUCGUUCACUCUCUGCAAUCCUCCAUCUCAUCAUUCCUUCAAAAUACGCUUCAUCUCACCCUGACACCUCUUCCUCUUCUUCUACUUCUGAAACACAGCAUCUAUUAAUCGACCUCCGUCACUCUCAUCUGAAUUCAGAACUCGAUGAUCGUAACAUAGAUUGUAGAUUUUUAAUCAUGGGGACUCCGGUGAAUAUUAUUGUCGGAUCACAUGUAUGGGUAGAGGAUUCGGAACUCGCAUGGAUUGAUGGAGAAGUAACAGAGAUCAAAGGCAGUGAUGCCACCAUAGUUACCACAGAUGGAAAAACGGUUGUGGCCAAUCUCUCCAGCAUUUACCCGCAAGACACAGAAGCACCACCAGCUGGUGUCGAUGAUAUGACUAAAUUAGCUUACCUCCAUGAGCCAGGGGUCCUACAUAACCUUGCAUCUCGGUUUGCUCUUAAUGAGAUAUAUACUUAUACAGGGAACAUUCUAAUAGCAGUAAAUCCUUUUCGGAGGUUACCACAUUUGUAUGAUGUUCAUAUGAUGGAGCAGUACAAGGGAGCUACUUUUGGGGAGCUCAGUCCCCAUCUUUUUGCUGUUGCAGAUGCUUGCUACAGAGCAAUGAUCAAUGAACAAGGAAGCCAAUCCAUCUUAGUAAGUGGAGAGAGUGGUGCUGGAAAAACAGAGACAACAAAAAUGCUUAUGAGAUAUCUUGCUUUCAUGGGCGGCAGAUCAGGGACCGAGGGAAGGACAGUUGAACAACAGGUUUUGGAGUCUAAUCCUGUCUUGGAAGCAUUUGGCAAUGCCAAAACUGUGAAGAACAACAACUCCAGUCGUUUUGGUAAAUUUGUUGAGAUCCAAUUUAAUAAGCAUGGAAAAAUCUCUGGAGCUGCUGUUCGUACAUAUCUUCUUGAACGGUCACGUGUUUGCCAGGUCUCUGAUCCUGAGAGGAACUACCAUUGCUUUUACAUGCUUUGUGCAGCACCACCAGAGGAUGUAAAGAGGUUCAAGCUUGGGGACCCAAGGACAUUCCACUAUCUAAACCAAACAAACUGUUAUGAAGUAGCAAAUGUAAAUGAUGCCAGGGAGUAUCUGGAGACCAGAAAUGCAAUGGAUAUUGUGGGGAUCAGUGAAGAAGAACAGGAUGCAAUAUUCCGGGUAGUAGCUGCAAUCCUUCAUCUCGGGAAUAUUGACUUCAUCAAGGGGAAGGAAGUAGAUUCUUCCAAAGUCAAGGAUGAAAAGUCACUCUUCCAUCUUCAAACAGCUGCUGAGUUGCUUAUGUGUGAUGAGAAGGCUCUAGAAGAUUCACUUUGUAAGCGUGUUAUAGUUACCCCUGAUGGUAAUAUUACAAAACCUCUUGAUCCAGCCGCAGCUGCAUUAAAUCGUGAUGCCCUGGCAAAAACAGUGUACUCCAGACUAUUUGACUGGAUUGUGGACAAAAUCAACAGUUCUAUUGGCCAGGAUCCUAACGCUGCCAGCAUAAUUGGAGUUCUUGACAUCUAUGGGUUUGAGAGCUUCAAAGUUAACAGCUUUGAGCAGCUUUGCAUCAACUUCACCAAUGAGAAGUUGCAACAGCAUUUUAAUCAACAUGUAUUUAAAAUGGAACAGGAAGAGUAUACAAAGGAGGAGAUCAACUGGAGUUAUGUAGAAUUUGUAGAUAACCAAGAUGUGCUGGAUCUUAUAGAGAAGAAAUCUGGAGGAAUAAUCGCUCUUCUUGAUGAAGCAUGUAUGUUUCCAAAGUCCACCCAUGAGACAUUUGCACAAAAGAUGUAUCAGACAUAUAAAGGACAUAAGCGCUUCAGCAAACCCAAGCUUGCCCGUACAGACUUCACCAUUAACCAUUAUGCUGGUGAUGUUACAUACCAAGCAGAUCAUUUUCUAGACAAAAACAAGGAUUAUGUUGUAGCAGAACAUCAAGCUCUGCUGAAUGCAUCCAAAUGCUCUUUUGUUGCAAAUCUCUUCCCUCCACUGCCUGAGGAAACUUCAAAGCAAUCCAAAUUUUCAUCUAUUGGUACCCGCUUCAAGCAACAACUGCAAUCUUUAAUGGAAACCUUGAACAUGACGGAGCCACAUUACAUCAGAUGUGUGAAGCCAAAUGCUGUUCUAAAGCCAGGAAUCUUUGAGAACUUCAAUGUCUUAAACCAGUUGCGAUGUGGGGGUGUGCUAGAGGCAAUUAGAAUAAGUUGUGCUGGUUACCCCACAAAGAGAACAUUUGAUGAGUUCCUUGAUCGUUUUGGAAUGCUUGCUCCAGAUAUUCUAGAUGGCUCUGAUGAAAAAUCAGCAUGUGUAGCCGUAUGUGACAGAAUGGGUUUGAAGGGCUACCAGAUUGGGAAGACAAAGGUGUUUCUUAGAGCUGGGCAGAUGGCUGAAUUAGAUGCAAGAAGAAUUGAAGUCUUAGCUAAUGCUGCAAGACGAAUCCAGAGACAAAUCCGUACACAUCUCACUAGGAAGGAGUUCAUUUCCCUACGGAAGGCAACCAUUCAUAUGCAGAAACUAUGGAGAGGGCAGCUUUCACGCAAGCUAUAUGAACACAUGAGAAGGGAGGAUGCCUCAAUUCGAGUGCAAAAACAUGCACGAGCUCAUACAGCUAGAAAAGCAUAUAAAGAAUUACGGGCAUCAGCAAUUGUUAUUCAAGCUGGUUUGCGUGCAAUGGCAGCACACAAUGAAUAUAGAUACAGAAGGAGAACCAAGGCUGCAAUGAUUAUGCAGACUUGGUGGCGGAGAUUCCAAGCACUUUCUGCUUACAAACAGAAGAAGAAGGCAUCUGUUACACUUCAGUGUCUCUGGAGAGCUAGGGUAGCAAGGAAGGAACUUAGAAAGCUCAAAAUGGCUGCUAGAGAAACGGGGGCACUAAAAGAAGCCAAGGAUAAACUGGAGAAGCGCGUUGAAGAGCUAACAUGGCGACUAGAAUUCGAAAAACACAUGAGAAUUGACCUUGAAGAAGCAAAUGGAAAAGAAAUUGCAAGGUUGCAAUCUGCUUUGCAUGAAAUUCAAGAACAAUUGGAUGAAGCUCAAGCUGCAAUCAUCAGAGAAAAAGAAGCAGCAAAAAUAGCCAUUGAACAAGCACCACCAGUCAUCAAAGAAGUGCCUGUUGUGGACAACACCAAGAUAGAGUUCCUGACAAAUCACAAUAGGGAACUUGAGGAUGAGCUAAGUAAGCUAAAUAAGAGGGUUGAAGAAUUUGAAAGAAGAUAUUCUGAGGUUGAGAAAGAGAACAUAUCAAGGCUCAAAGAGGCAGAAGAAUCACAGUCAAGAAUAUCUCAGUUGCAAGAGACUAUUGAAAGACUAGAAUUGAACUUGUCCAACUUGGAAUCUGAGAACCAGGUUCUACGUCAGCAGGCUUUGGUUGCAUCAGCAAAUGAGGAGCUCUCUGAAGAAGUGAAAAUCCUUCAAAGCAAGAUUGCAAAGCUGGAGUCUGAGAAUGAAAUGCUCCGCAAUCAGGCACCAGUCAUAGUAGAGAAAUUGGUUACUCCUGACCGGACACAGCCACAAGUCACCAAGAGUUUUGAGAAUGGACAUCAAACAGAAGAAGAGUUGAAGACAACAAAAGAGUCAGUGCCUCUUGCAGUUCCCCUCAAUAAACAAAAAUUCCUAACAGAUAGGCAACAAGAAAGCCAUGAUAUGCUUAUAAAGUGUCUCAUGGAAGAUAAGCAAUUUGACAAGAACAGACCUAUUGCUGCUUGUAUUAUCUAUAAGACACUUCUUCAGUGGAGAUCCUUUGAAGCAGAAAAGACAAACAUAUUUGAUCGGAUUAUUCAUACAAUCCGUUCAUCAAUUGAGAACCAAAACAUCAGUGAACUUGCCUACUGGCUCUCAACAACAUCUACCCUUCUGUUUCUUCUACAAAAUACACUCAAGGCAGGCAAUGCACCAAGCCUUACACACCGUAGCCGAACCUCACCAACCACCUUGUUUGGUAGAAUGGCUCAAGGUCUUCGUUCAUCACCAUCAGGGAUGGGGAUUUCAAGUGGGUACAGUGGAAUGGUAGGCAAGCCUGAAAUCCAAUCAAGAGUUGAAGCUAAAUACCCUGCCCUACUAUUUAAACAACACCUAACCGCAUAUGUUGAGAAGAUAUAUGGGAUGAUCCGUGACAGUUUGAAAAAAGAGAUUACUUCAUUCCUGAAUUUGUGUAUACAGGCACCAAGAUCUGCAAGGGUCAGAUCAGUAAAAGGGUCAUCUAAAAAUAUACAUUCAAAUAUAGUUGCAAAACAACAAGCAUCAAGUAUACACUGGCAAAGCAUUGUUGGAUGCCUAGAUCAUACCUUGGAUAUAAUGUGCAACAAUUAUGUUCCUUCCAUGAUCAUAAGAAAAACCUUCAGUCAGGUGUUCUCAUUCAUAAAUGUGCAACUUUUUAACAGUUUAUUGCUUCGUCGUGAGUGCUGCUCAUUUAGCAAUGGAGAAUAUGUAAAAGCUGGUUUGCAAGAACUGGAGCAGUGGUGCACCAAGGCAACAGACCAGUUUGCUGGAUCCUCAUGGGAUGAACUCCAGCACAUAAGGCAGGCUGUUGGGUUUUUGGUUUCACAUCAAAAGCCUCACAAAUCCUUGGAUGAGAUCACAAAUGAAAUCUGCCCGGUAUUGAGCAUUCCACAGAUAUAUCGCAUUGGGACAAUGUUUUGGGAUGACAAAUAUGGGACCCAAGGAUUAUCUCCAGAUGUAAUUGGCAAGAUGAGGACACUGGUGACAGAAGAUUCAGCUAGCAUGCCAAAUAACUCUUUCUUGCUUGACGUUGACUCAAGCAUACCUUUCUCUCUGGAAGAGAUAUCCAGAUCAUUUCAAGACAUAAGCCUGUCCGACGUGGACCCACCCCCUCUGCUCCGUCAGACUUCCGAGUUUAAUUUCCUGUUGCAACGGACAGAUUGAGCACCACUGUCAUUUUUCCCCUUUGCAUCCAUACAGAUAAAAGAAAAGAAACAGUAUGACUUAUUAUUAUUUUUUCAUUAUUUUCACAAGUGAGUGAGUGUUCGGUAUGUAAAUUUUCCUCUUUUAUUUUUUCCUCAUUCGGUCAUAGAUUUUUUUUUUUUUUUUAUUCAAAGUUGUGCCAUUGGGAUUGAGCGUCCAGAGUGAAGAAAAGACUACAUAUAUUUUUUCUUUUUUUUUUCUUCAAUGUAAUAAGAGAAAGGCAGAAAGAAAGAGCGAGCAACUGUAGUUUUUUCUCUUUUUUUUUGGGAUAGAUGAGUAAUUGUAGGUUCUGUA